AUGCUCGGUGGGGACUCCAGCAAGUACUUCCGGCGCCCCUUCGGGCUCUCCAUUGCUCCGAAGUGCCUCUCUGUGGUGCUCAGUCGCAUUCUGUCCAAUGCCGGGUUAGAUGGAUGCUUGGACAAGUACCUGGAUGACCUCAUCCUUCCCGUUUCCCAUGUGGAGCCUGUGAAGCGUGCCCCGCUGUCUGAUGGGUUUGACACCAAGCCUGCGGAGCAUUUGACGCGUUCCCGCGUCUUGGGCCUUGAGUGUGCGGCCACCGGCCACUGGCGUCGUCGUGGCUCUGUGCCUCGAUUGGAAUCUUACACGCGCCAAGGUGUACACCGUUGGGCCGGUCGUUUUGUUGCUCACUAUCCCACUGUUAGUUGGGCUAGACCCGCUUUUUCUGCCCUCAAACGUUUGGCGUGUGUUGCCCAUGACGGACACUCGGCCACUUGGGAUGAACCUCUCGAUGAUCAUGCCCGCCGGGAUUGCGAUCUCCUCCAGGCUGACACCGACUCUCGUGGUGACUCGGCCAUGAUGGCCGAGCCAUCG